AUGGCGCAGACACAGGGCACUCGGAGGAAAGUCUGUUACUACUACGACGGGGAUGUUGGAAAUUACUAUUAUGGACAAGGCCACCCAAUGAAGCCUCACCGAAUCCGCAUGACUCACAAUUUGCUACUUAACUAUGGUCUCUACCGAAAAAUGGAAAUCUAUCGCCCCCAUAAAGCCAAUGCCGAAGAGAUGACCAAGUAUCACAGUGAUGACUACAUAAAAUUCUUGCGCUCCAUCCGCCCAGAUAACAUGUCUGAGUAUAGCAAGCAGAUGCAGAGAUUCAACGUUGGUGAGGACUGUCCGGUAUUUGACGGCCUGUUUGAGUUCUGUCAGUUAUCUACUGGUGGCUCUGUGGCAAGUGCUGUGAAACUUAAUAAGCAGCAGACGGACAUCGCUGUGAAUUGGGCUGGGGGCCUGCACCAUGCAAAGAAGUCCGAGGCAUCUGGCUUCUGUUACGUCAAUGAUAUCGUCUUGGCCAUCCUGGAACUGCUAAAGUAUCACCAGAGAGUGCUGUAUAUUGACAUUGAUAUUCACCACGGCGAUGGCGUGGAAGAGGCCUUCUAUACCACAGACCGGGUCAUGACUGUGUCCUUUCAUAAAUAUGGAGAGUACUUCCCAGGAACUGGGGACCUACGGGAUAUUGGGGCUGAAGGCAAGUAUUAUGCUGUUAACUACCCUCUUCGAGAUGGGAUUGAUGACGAGUCCUACGAGGCUAUUUUCAAGCCGGUCAUUUCCAAAGUAAUGGAGAUGUUCCAGCCCAGCGCGGUCGUUUUACAGUGUGGCUCUGACUCCCUGUCGGGGAUCGGUUUAGGUUGCUUCAAUCUGACCAUCAAAGGACACGCCAAGUGUGUGGAAUUUGUGAAGAGCUUUAACCUGCCUAUGCUGAUGCUAGGAGGAGGUGGCUACACCAUUCGUAAUGUUGCCCGUGCUGGGACGUAUGAAACAGCCGUGGCCCUGGACACAGAGAUUCCUAAUGAGCUUCCAUACAACGACUACUUUGAAUACUUUGGACCAGAUUUCAAGCUUCACAUCAGUCCUUCCAAUAUGACUAACCAGAACACGAAUGAAUACCUGGAGAAAAUCAAACAGCGACUGUUUGAGAACCUGAGAAUGCUGCCCCACGCACCUGGGGUCCAAAUGCAGGCGAUCCCUGAGGAUGCCAUUCCAGAGGAGAGUGGUGAUGAGGACGAAGAAGACCCUGACAAGCGCAUCUCGAUCUGUUCCUCCGACAAACGAAUUGCCUGUGAGGAAGAGUUCUCCGACUCUGAUGAGGAGGGGGAAGGUGGUCGGAAGAACUCUUCCAACUUCAAAAAAGCCAAGAGAGUCAAAACAGAGGAUGAAAAAGAGAAAGACCCAGAAGAGAAGAAAGAAGUCACAGAAGAAGAGAAAACCAAGGAGGACAAGCAAGAAGCCAAAGGGGUCAAAGAGGAGGUCAAGUUGACCUGAGCAGAUCUCUCCAGUUUUGGCUUCUUGCAAAGUCCCCCACCUUUCUCCUGCAACCCCUCAGAUUUUAUAUUUUCUAUUUCUGUGUAUUUAUAUAAAAAUAUAUUAAAUAUAAAUAUCCCCAGGGACCUAACAGGAACCAGGGCCCCAAGCACAAGGCACAUGUGCUGGGUGAGUUCUUCUAAUAGCUGUCUUGCCAGCUCUCCCCAAUUCUUGAUUUUGAACCAUAAAGGGUGCUGGUUCUGGAUGGAAGGGAUUCUGUUCUCUUAAACAUCCAUAGGACAAAAUUCCUGAAAGCCAAAUUUCUGCUCAGUAGCUUUGGAAAGAUGCCCUUUAUUGAGCAUUUUAGAAUGGGUGGCUGGGUCUUCUGGGACUCCCUGUUCUUUACAGGCUCCUUAAGGUAACACCAGCCAUCUUUAGAUUGGUUAUGUUCUCAUACCUUCCCCACUUGCCCAAGUGAGCCAAGAAACUCACACUGCCUGACCUGUGUUCCCCCUCCCUGCCCUGUUCUGCAGUUGGAGAUGGGUAGUUUCAUUUUUAAGAUAUUUUCUUUUUUUGUGUGAGUCUUUGUAAUAAAAUGGUACAUUCUAUACCGUCCUGAGCUCA